CGUGGGCGUGUCCUGCAGUCCUGCUGCUGAGACCGGGAGCUAACGUGCAGCAGCCGUUUAACACCACUGACGACACCUCGACGGACUGCAACAUCGUCAUCUGCUGCAGAGGAGACCAUUUUUAACGCUGUAAUUUGCUUGAUAAAGGAGUCACCACGUUCUUCACAACAAUGCCCCCUCCGAUGCGCCACCGCUCCAUGCGUGUCUUUAUGAACGAUGACCGACACGUCAUGGCCAAACACUCUUUCAUCUACCCGACUCAGGAGGAACUAGAAAGUGUACAGAACAUGAUAUCUCACACAGAGCGGGCGCUGAAGGCCGUUUCUGACUGGCUGGAUAAGCAAGAGAAAGGAACCUCCAAGUCUGACUCUGAAAGCACAGAGGCUGAUAAGGAAAGUGAGCCUAAAGAUCAGGCCACUCGCUCUCUGCGUGGUGUAAUGAGGGUGGGACUAGUUGCCAAGGGCCUGCUGCUGAAAGGGGACCUUGACUUGGAACUGGUGCUCCUCUGUAAGGACAAGCCGACCAUCCUUCUGCUGAAGAAAGUGUCUGAGAACCUUGUUACGCAGCUCAAGUCCAUCACAGAAGACAAGUAUGUGGUGACGCAGCACAUCCGCGAGGCCAGUAUCGUCAUCAAGAACACCAAGGAGCCCCCUCUCACCCUCACUAUUCACCUGACAUCCCCUUUGGUUCGUGAGGAGAUCGAGAGGGCAGCUACCGGAGAAUCGCUUUCAGUCAACGAUCCCCCGGAUGUUCUGGACAGGCAGAAAUGCCUAACUGCCUUGGCGUCUCUCCGCCACGCUAAGUGGUUCCAGGCCAGAGCUAACGGGCUGCGCUCCUGCGUCAUCGUCAUCCGGAUCCUAAGGGACCUCUGCGCUCGCGUCCCUACAUGGGCCCCGCUUCGUGGCUGGCCACUGGAGCUGAUCUGUGAGAAAGCCAUCGGUACAGGGAACCGGCCCAUGGGGGCAGGAGAAGCUCUGCGGAGAGUUUUAGAGUGUCUGGCUUCAGGAAUCCUCAUGGCAGAAGGUGCUGGAGUGUCAGAUCCAUGUGAGAAGGAGCCCACAGAUGCUAUUGGUCACUUGGACCUCCAGCAGAGAGAAGACAUAACAGCGAGUGCACAACAUGCCUUAAGGCUGUCAGCUUUCGGACAGCUUCACAAAGUGCUUGGAAUGGAUCCUCUUCCUUCAAAGAUGCCCAAGAAACCUCGUAGUGAGACUCCUAUUGAUUACACAGUGCAAAUCCCCCCUAGUACAGCCUACGCCCCACCAAUGAAAAGGCCCAUUGAGGAAGAGGAAGGAAUUGAUGAUAAGAGUCCAAAUAAGAAGAAGAAAAAGCUGCAGAAGAAAUCUCCAGAAGAGAAGGCUGAGCCUCCCCAGGCUAUGAACGCUCUGAUGAGGCUCAACCAGCUGAAGCCAGGCCUCCAGUACAAACUGGUAUCUCAGACCGGCCCAGUUCAUGUUCCAGUCUUCACCAUGGCUGUAGAAGUGGACGGCAAGACCUUUAAGGCUUCUGGUCCUUCCAAACGCACUGCCAAGCUGCAUGUAGCUGUAAAGGUCCUCCAGGACUUGGGCCUGCCCACAGGAGUGGAACUGAAGACUGAGCCGGUAAAAGUGGAGGAAGUAGCUAUCGCCGUGGAGGAAUUGAAGCCGGUCAUAACACCCAUUGAAACUAGCACUACUGCCACAGGAGCAGCCGCUGCAGAAGCCACUGAUGCUGUAGAGGCUGCUCGCCAACAGGGACCAAUCCUGACUAAACACGGCAAAAACCCCGUGAUGGAGCUGAACGAGAAGCGGCGCGGCCUGAAGUACGAGCUCAUCUCGGAGACCGGCGGCAGCCACGACAAACGCUUCGUCAUGGAGGUGGAGAUCGACGGUCAGAAGUUCCAGGGGACGGGAUCCAAUAAGAAGGUGGCCAAGGCCUACGCCGCCCUGGCUGCUCUGGAGCGACUCUUCCCCGAGGGCUCCAUGGCCGAGGCUGCUAAAAAGAAAAAGGGACCACCCAUGCACACUCCAGGCUUUGGCAUGAUGGGAGCAUCUGGAGGCGGAGAUGCUGCUUCUCCCCGGGGCAGAGGGAGAGGAGGACGAGGUCGUGGAAGGGGCAGAGGCUUCAAUAAUGGAGGAGGCUACGGUCAAGGAGGUGGCUUCGGAACAUACGGUUAUGGGAACAACGCGAACUCCGGUUACAAUUACUACAACAAUGGUGGCACAAAUGGAGGAGCCGGGGCAUCAGGCAGCCCAUCAGGCGGCCCUCCAGCCAGCACAGCCCCAGGAUCAGCUCAGGGCUCCUACGGUUCCUACUACCAGAACGAUGGAGCCUACACUGCCACUUCUGCCACCAAAACCCCCAAAAAGAAACCCCCCAUGCACAAGGGAGGGAAGACACCCUUUCCAGGUCCCCCAGGAGCCAACAGUGGAUCUGCAGGGGGGUACCAGUCCAGCAGCCCCCCAGGGCAGGGCUCCUAUAACCAGUAUGGCCAGGGCUAUGGGCAGGGAAAGAAGAGUUUCAGCCAGAACCAAGGAGGGGCAGGUGGAUUCUCGUACAGCACUGCCUAUCCAAGCCAGGUGACGGGGGGUGCUGCAGGUAGCCAAGACUACAGUUAUGAAGGUUUCAACAACCAGUCCAAUUACAACUCGCAGGGAGGAGGAGGCAGCAACAACCAGGGCUUUGGCAACAACCACUCUCAGUACCACAACCCUGUGGGCUACGGCAGAGGAGACGGCAGCAUGAACUACCAGUAUAGAUAGACUCUAUUCCUCCGUCUGUGAAUCAUCGGCACCAAGCACCCUGCAUCAGUGUCUCAAGCCUUCUCCAAAGAAAGUGAUUGAUGGCUUGCCUGUGCUCUCUGCCUUUUCCAUGUUUGCUUCUUAUGUGCUUUUGGGUUUAUAUGUAGCACAUGUGGGCACAAAAUGAGUCGUCUGGACAUUGUAAGAGUCAGAGCUGAGUUGUGGCUGAAUUUAGUGGUCUGUGUCAGUGGUCUGGUCAGUGCUUAGUCUUGUGUUUUUAGGUUAUUCUUCUUUAUUUUAUUUUUUAAAUUAUACUACCAGUCCUUAUCCUCCACUAAAUAUGAAGGCUGAUUCUACAAAUUACUCACUCAUUAGCUCUGACUUGGUUUCCUUUCUUAUAAAGAGUUGUGUGGCGGCAGCCUUUUUUUCUUCUGUGAAACUAGUUAAAUCUUGUAGUUUAAACUACAAAGAUUUUUCUUUUCUUUUUUUUUAAGAAUUCAAUAGACCCCAAGAGCUUGUUCUUUUCUGCAUUGCUUGUAAUUUUGGCUUAUUUUGUAAGUUACCUAAUGUGAUGUAGUUAUUUUAAUAAAUGGUUUUGGAGAUUACUGGAAAUACAUUAUGAUGUUAAAUCCUUAUUUCUGCUCAAUGUAGCUUUUUCAUUGGGUUGAAUUUGUUCCUGUUAAUGUAUAACAAAGUGUGUUUGUAUUAAUAAAUGAUUUUUAUUUUGAGAAGAA